CUGGUAGAGAUCAAGGGGAAGCAGUACCGCGUACGUCCCGGUACUGAGAUCGUCGUCGACCGGCUGUCGGAGCCGGAGACGGAAUCGCUCGAUCUGGAGUCGGUGCUGCUGCUAGCCGACGGCACGGAUAUCCGGGUCGGCGACCCAUACGUCGCGCACGCGCGGGUACGCGCCCGGGUGGCCGGGGAGGAGCGGGGAAAGAAGCUUCGCGUCGUCACCUAUCGUCGCCGGAAGCGGACGCAGCGGGACUCAGGGCCAUCGACAGCGGUACACGCGUCUGGUGAUAGAGGACGUGGUCCUGGACGCCGCCAAGGCUGCGGCGACUCCCUGACGGGCGUGCUCGGCCUGCAGGCGGACGAUCCCGGGGAAAUCACGUUCCGGCAUGCCGGACGCGCACGCGUGCGCGUCGGGACACGCUGGUAA